AUGAUGUUGACGACGGGGUGGGCGGUGUCCGCGUGGCUGUUGCUGUUGUUGCCGCCACUCGCCGUGCAUGCCGCCGCCGGGGGCUUCAUCGAGUACAAGGUGGGCGUGCUGAUGACCACUAAACUGGACUCGCCGUUCGACCUGGAACGAUGCGGACCGGCCGUCGACCUGGCCCUGGACAUGGUCAACAAGAAGUUCCUUGCCCACCACAGGGUACGUCUGAAGAAAGUAGAGAGCAGCUAUCCAACUUGCUCAGGCGCUCAAGCGCCAGGAUUGGCUGCCAAAAUGUACUUUGUCGAUAAAGUCAUAGCGUUCAUCGGACCUGCGUGCGCCUUCGCGUUGGAACCCGUCGCCAGGCUAGCCGCGUUUUGGAAUAUACCGAUCAUAACCGGAAUGGGCGACCAACCCCCAGCCGAAGGUCAAGUAUCAGUCAUGUCGGGCAUACUCGGCAAACUGCCGAAAUGGAAAAACGACUCGGGAAUAUUUAAAGACAAAUCUGAGUAUCCGACGCUGACGAGAAUGUCAUACUGUCAGCGCAGAUUAAGGCUCGUAUUUCUGAGCAUUUUUAAAAAAUUCAACUGGAAACACGUGGCCUUAAUACAGGACCGUUCGGAUUUGUUUUCUUUGACAGUGGGUAAAAACUUGGAAAUUGGGCUUAGAAAAGCAGGCGUUUUGAGUUUUAUACGGGAUUUAGACGGAAAUGACGAAGAUCCACACUGUGAAAAUUAUUUAAAAGAUGCUAGCAGUCAGGCAACAGUCGUAAUACUAUGUGUAAGGGGAACGUUAGUUCGGAAAUGCAUGUUGGCUGCUCACAAGCUCGGAAUGACCAAAGGAGAUUGGGCAUUUUUAGACGUGGAGUUAGUUCAGGGCUCUUAUUGGGGCGAACACGGAUGGUCGACGGGAGACAGUGAAGACGGUGCUGCCAGAAAAGCUUACCAGGCACUGUUGCGGGUGUCUCUGCUAAAGCCUACCAGUUCGCAAUUUCACAAUUUCUCUAAACUGGUCAAGCAAAAGGCACUAGAAAAUUACAACUACACAUUAUCUGAGAACGAAGAAGUAAAUUUUUUCGUCGGCGCAUUUUACGAUGGCGUACACUUGCUGGGCAUGGCAAUGAACGAAACUCUGACCAACAAACAAAACAUCAAAGACGGCAAAGCAAUCACCAGUUUGAUGUGGAACAGAACGUUUAGCGGUGUCACUGGCCGAGUGAGAAUCGACGAAAACGGCGACAGGGACGCGGAUUACGCGAUAUUAGACUUGGAUCCGAUCACGGGUCGGUUCGAGGUCGUAGCCAAGUACUAUGGGGAGGCGAGGAACUACAGCCCGGUGAUUGGCAAACACAUCCACUGGCCCGGCGGAUCGGACGGACCACCUGAAGAUGUUCCGGCCUGCGGGUUUCUAGGAAGCGGACCGGCCUGCGAUUCUAAAGAUAUUUACUAUAUAAUGUUAUAUGCAUUGAUUGCUUUUACCGUAUUCAUUUCAUUCGUCACCGUAUUAGCUUUCAUCGUAAACAGACAGCUUAAACUUGCGGCGGAUUUAAACAAUAUGAGUUGGAGAGUACGACCAGAAGAAGUAUUGAUUGAAGUCAGCAAACCGUAUUCAUCUCGUUUGGCUCUACAGAAACCAACUGAGAUAUUCGAACCGGCGUUGCAAGAGAAAUUAAUCUGUCGGCGAAGGUCUGACACUUCAAAUUCGUCGUUACCACCGGCUCAAGUUUAUACUACAGUCGGCAUUUACAAGGGGUCUAGGGUAGCGAUAAAAAAAGUCGUCAAGAAAAAAGUCGAUUUAAAUAAAAAACUAUUAUGGGAAAUCAAACAAGUACGCGACGUAACACAUGAAAAUACAGUGCGUUUCAUCGGAGCGUGCAUUCAUUGUCCUACAGUGCUUAUACUUACCGAAUAUUGCCCAAAAGGAAGUUUAAAAGAUGUCUUGGAAAACGAUGCACUAAGGUUGGAUUGGAACUUUAGAAUGUCAUUAAUACACGACAUUGUGAAGGGUAUGGCAUUUUUACAUAGUUGUGAAGUGGGUGUACAUGGAAAACUACGAUCCAGUAAUUGCCUAAUAGAUGGACGAUUCGUACUCAAAUUGUCCAACUUUGGACUUCGAACGCUCACUACACCGUCAGAAGUUAUACACGAUAGUGUUUACUACCACAAAUUAUUGUGGGUAGCUCCAGAACUUCUUUCCGAACAUACUACUAAUUUAAUACCAGCUACCCAAAAAGGAGACGUUUACAGUUUUGCUAUUGUCUUGGAAGAAAUAGUUGUACGUGGUGGACCUUACGAGUUUGUCAAAAACGACUUAACAACACAAGAAAUUUUGGAAAAAGUCGAGUUGCGCGAAGAACCGUAUUUCCGUCCCGACAUAUCUGGACACGAUUGCCCGGAACCAUUGUCCGAACUUAUACAGAGAUGUUGGAAUGACGUGCCCGAAGAGAGGCCGGGCUUCGACAUCAUGCGAAGUAUCGUACGACAAAUCACGAGGGGAUAUUGCGAAAAUCUAAUGGAUGACUUAGUGCUGAGAAUGGAACAGUACGCAAAUAACUUGGAAGCUUUGGUCGAAGAGAAAACCGAUCAGUUGAGUCAAGAAAAACGUCGAUCCGAAGAAUUGUUAUUUCAAGUAUUACCAAGGCCAGUCGCUCAACAACUGAUGGCCGGCGAAAUGGUCAAACCCGAACAAUUUGAAAACGUUACCGUUUACUUUAGUGAUAUCGUUGGCUUCACGGUACUUUGUGCUCAGAGUUCUCCGAUGCAGGUGGUAAACCUUUUAAACGAUUUGUACAGUACGUUCGACCGGAUCAUUGGAUUCUACGACGUUUAUAAGGUCGAAACAAUCGGGGACGCUUAUAUGGUUGUUUCUGGAUUACCUGAGAGAAACGGCGACAACCACGCAAAAGAAAUUGCACUCAUGUCUUUAGCUAUUCUCGACGCCGUUCAAAUGUUCACGAUUCAACAUAAGCCCGAUGCUCAACUCAAAGUUCGAAUCGGAAUUCAUACAGGGCCUGUGUGCGCCGGCGUUGUUGGCCAGAAAAUGCCACACUACUGUCUUUUCGGAGACACCGUGAACACUGCAUCCAGAAUGGAGUCAACAGGAGAACCAUUAAGAAUUCACGUGAGCUGGGCAACCAAACAUAUAUUGGACACUUUUCAGACAUUCAAAUUAGAGCUGAGGGGCGACGUGGAACUAAAGGGUAAAGGAGCGGUGGUCACCUACUGGUUAGUCGGCUGCACCGAACAAGAUCCGAGACCACCGACACCGAUCAGCACGGACACGUUGGAUCCCAACAACCCUUACCCCUUGAUAUUUCCCGAGUUGAGCAAAUAGUUACUAUAUUAAUAUUCUACUUACAAUUUUAAUAAUAAUAAAAAUAAAAGUGUAAAUUAUUUUAUUGUCACGUGCGUUAAUAUCGAGGUUACUGUACUCAAUUAUUUUCAACGCGUUUACCUGCGUAAAAUUACUAAUUGUCAUUAAAACGUAUUUUUGUUCAACCCUGAAAUUGUAAUAAUUAAUUUAUUAAUUAUUACACCGUA